AUGGCUGGAGCUAGUGGAGGAAGAUCUCUUGAGGAAACACCAACAUGGGCUGUUGCUGUUGUUUGCUUUGUUCUGGUUUUGAUUUCAGUCAUCAUUGAACAGGUGAUCCAUAUGAUCGGAAAGUGGUUGAGGAAGAACCAUAAACGAGCACUGUAUGAAGCACUGGAAAAGAUCAAAUCAGCAUCGUCGGAGACUAAAUGUGCACCUCAGGGUAAAGUACCAUUUGUUUCAUCUGAUGGAAUCCACCACCUUCACAUUUUUAUCUUCGUGCUAGCUCUAUUCCAUGUCCUUUACUGUGUUCUUACACUCGCAUUGGGUCGAGCUAAGAUGAGAAGUUGGAAGAGAUGGGAAAAGGAAACGAGAACAAUCGAAUAUCAGUUCUCACAUGAUCCGGAACGGUUCAGAUUUACCAGAGAAACAUCAUUUGGAAGAAGGCAUCUUAGCUUUUGGACCAAAAACCCGGUUCUCAUGUGGAUUGUUUGUUUCUUUAGACAGUUUGUGAGAUCAGUUCCGAAAGUUGAUUAUUUAACUCUCCGACAUGGAUUUAUUAUGGCACACUUGGCACCCAACAGCGAAACCAAAUUUGAUUUUCAAAAAUAUAUUAACAGAUCAUUGGAAGAAGAUUUCAAUGUUGUUGUGGGCAUUAGUCCUCCAAUAUGGUUUUUGGCUGUUCUCUUUCUACUCUUUAACACUCAUGGGUGGUAUUCCUAUUUGUGGAUGCCAUUUAUUCCAUUGAUUGUCAUACUGCUAGUGGGAACAAAGCUACAGGUGAUCAUAACAAAGAUGGGUCUAAGAAUACAUGAGAGAGGAGAAGUGGUGAAAGGAGUGCCGGUGGUUCAACCCGGGGAUGACCUUUUCUGGUUCAACCGCCCUCGGCUCAUUCUCUAUCUUAUCAACUUCGUUCUUUUUCAGAAUGCUUUCCAGCUUGCAUUCUUUGCAUGGACUUGGGUACGUUUCUUUACGAACUUUAUUCGUUGUUUUGGAUUGGAUUUUGUAAUGAAAUUUAUUUGUCUUUUUUAUGAAAUGCAGUAUGAAUUUGGAUUGAAAUCUUGCUUCCAUGAGCAUGUGGAAGAUGUUGUCAUCAGAAUUUCAAUGGGGGUUCUCAUUCAAAUUCUUUGCAGCUACGUCACACUCCCUCUUUACGCCCUCGUUACACAGAUGGGUUCGAACAUUGACGGUUCAUCUACGUCUCACUGUCAUAUUGACGUAGUGGAACAAGAUCAAGUAGAGUACGUUGAUAAAGAUGUAAAUGAAUCAAGCUUGAGUGAACAAUUGACCGUUCGGACAAUCAUUGCUUUAGCUGCUAUGUUUGAUUGUCCUAUAUUCCAAAUGGUUAUGUAUAAUUCUCUCUUACAAGGUGAUCAGCAUCUAGAGGGUUUUGGAACUUGUAGUUGA